UGUUGGUGCAGCUGAUGGAAAGCCUGUGUGACCAGCAUUAAUAUUACAACACCGUCUUUCAGCUUUUCCCCUUUUCAUCGCCAGCGUUCCCCUUGGCCAGCGUCACCAUGAAUGAAGGGUUUUACUGCCAGUAAUAUUUUCCAAGGAAACUCAAAACCUGACGAAAAAAUGGGUUGUGCCACCAGCAGUGCACAGGGAAGGCAUAGCUUUACCCUCAAGGACCAGACGAAUCAGCUGCCCGGUGAAACUACGCUUCAGCAAGUGCAGUUUAAUAAUCAGACUUCAUUAAUCGAACACUCUCAGGCUGAAAAGAGAGUUAUAGCAUUGUAUGACUAUGAACCAACAAGUGAACGUGAUCUAAGAUUAAAGAAAGGUGAACAACUUAUCAUCAUAACAGAACAAGGAGAUUGGUGGAAGGCAAUUUCAUUGGUUUCUGGCAAAGAAGGAUUUGUCCCCAGUAACUUUCUAGCCAGGGUGGCAUCAUUAGAAGUGGAAAAAUGGUUCUUCAGAGAAAUAACCCGCAAAGAUGCUGAGAGGCAACUGUUAGCACCAGGCAAUAAGUUAGGAUCUUUUCUAAUCCGAGCGAGUGAAACUAAUAAAGGUGGCUUUUCACUUUCUAUCAAGGAUUGUGACUCGAAACAUGGUGAUAUAGUGAAGCACUACAAGAUUAGAACCCUUGACACUGGUGGUUAUUAUAUCACUCCCAGAGUCACAUUCCCGAAUUUACAAAAACUUGUUUCCUAUUAUUCAAAAAAUUCAGAUGGUUUGUGCCAACGUCUGACUAAACCAUGCCCAAUGCUCACUCCUCAGAAGCCAUGGUGGCCUGAUGAGUGGGAAAUCCCAAGAGAAUCCUUGACAAUGUUAACUAAACUGGGUGCUGGACAGUUUGGAGAAGUCUGGAUGGGCCACUAUAAGGACAACAUCAAGGUUGCUAUUAAAAUGCUGAAGGAAGGUAGCAUGUCUCCUGAGGCAUUCUUGGCAGAAGCCAACCUAAUGAAGACACUUCGACAUGACAAGCUGGUGCAGCUGUAUGCCGUUGUAACGAAAGAACCCAUCUACAUAGUGACAGAAUAUAUGGCGAAAGGUAGUUUGCUCGACUUCUUAAAGACAGAUGAAGGAAGUAAGCUUCAACUAGUAAAAUUAAUUGACAUGUCUGCACAGAUUGCAGAGGGGAUGGCAUACAUUGAACAGAAAAACUACAUCCACAGGGACUUGCGAGCUGCCAAUAUUCUAGUAUCAGAUGCUUUGAUCUGUAAAAUUGCAGACUUUGGUCUUGCCAGGCUUAUAGAUAAUGAAUACACAGCAAGAGAAGGUGCCAAAUUCCCUAUCAAAUGGACAGCACCAGAAGCUAUUAAUUAUGGCACGUUCACAAUUAAGUCUGAUGUCUGGUCCUUUGGAAUACUUUUAACAGAGAUUGUAACAUAUGGGAGAGUGCCAUAUCCAGGAAUGAGUAACCCUGAAGUGAUUCGGAAUUUAGACCGUGAAUAUCGAAUGCCGUGCCCAGACCAUUGCCCAGAUGAACUCUAUGAUAUCAUGAUGAGUUGCUGGAAAAAGGUUCCAGAAGACAGACCUACAUUUGAAUAUUUACAGAGUAUUCUGGAGGACUUCUUUACAGCCACAGAAGGACUGUACCAACAUACUUAGCUACAAACAAUUUGUUGGGCUACUGAAGCAAAAGGUUUAUUUAUUGCAGCACCUCAAAUCAUGCAUGUAUUUUCAUUCUUAUGUCGCUGAAACUACUUACAAUUUAAUGUGAAUUUA